UGCAUCUGCUCCUUCCAAAUUACUUUCAGCUCAUCGAUCCUAAUGCCAAAGAAGAAUAUUUUGGGGUGCACAUUCUGGACUUCCACAACCAUAGGAGUCUUAGUUUCUGAUGUUGCUAGACUCUGGACACCUCACCACCCCUUUGGAUCUCUCAACCCUGGUUGCCCUUCUGAAACUUUAUUUCCUACUUCUGCACACCAAGUUUCUACCUCCAGAUCCGUCUGGUGCACUUGCUGAGAAGCCUGAAACACUGGGGCCACCUGGAAGAAGCCAUCCACUGAACAGGGGAAAAUGGAAGACAAGGACACGUUACCCCAGUUCAUCCAUAAUAUAUUAUCCACAUCUCAUUCUUUGUUUAUAAGAAGUAUUAAAGGAAGCAAUGAAGAAUCCACCACCACAUAUGACUAUGACUACAGCAGUCCCUGUUACAAACCCGACGUGAAGCACAUCGGAGCCCUGCUCCUGCCCCCGCUCUACUCUCUGGUGUUCAUCUUUGGUUUCGUGGGCAACCUGCUGGUAGUUCUCAUCCUGAUCAACUGCAAAAAGCUAAAGAGCAUGACUGACAUCUACCUGCUCAAUUUGGCCAUCUCCGACCUGCUUUUCCUUCUCACUCUCCCAUUCUGGGCUCACUAUGCUGCAAAUGAAUGGAUCUUUGGAGAUGUCAUGUGUAAGUCACUCACGGGGAUGUAUCAAAUCGGUUAUUUUGGAGGAAUCUUUUUCAUCAUCCUCCUGACAAUUGAUAGGUACCUGGCCAUUGUCCACGCUGUGUUUGCUUUAAAAGCAAGGACUGUCACCUUCGGGGUGGUGACAAGUGGGAUCACCUGGGUGGCGGCCAUGUUUGCCUCUGUCCCAGGAAUCAUCUUUACUAGAUUCCAAGAAGAAAAUUCUCAUUACUCCUGUGGCCCAUAUUUUCCAUUAAAAUGGAAGAACUUUCAUACAAUAAUGAGGAAUGUCUUGAGCCUGGUGCUGCCCCUGCUUGUCAUGGUCAUCUGCUACUCGGGGAUCCUGAGAACCCUGCUUCGGUGUCGGAAUGAGAGGAAGAGACACAAGGCUGUGAGGCUCAUCUUCACCAUCAUGAUUGUCUACUUUCUUUUCUGGGCUCCCUACAACAUCGUCCUCCUCCUGACCACCUUCCAGGAAUUCUUUGGCCUGAGUAACUGUGAGAGCACCAGUCAGCUGGACCAAGCCAUGCAGGUGACAGAGACUCUCGGGAUGACGCACUGUUGCAUCAACCCUGUCAUCUACGCCUUCGUCGGGGAGAAGUUCAGAAGGUAUCUCUCGGUGUUCUUCCGGAAGCACAUCGCCAAGCAUCUCUGCAAACAGUGUCCAGUUUUCUACAGGGAGACAGCAGAUCGAGUGAGCUCCACAUACACCCCUUCCACUGGGGAGCAGGAUGUCUCAGUUGGCUUGUAAAAUGAGUGACGAUUUGCUUGUUGUACUUUAAGGGAGAUGACAGUCCAUAUGCACUCAAGCCUCUGCUGAAGAAGAAAGAUCUAUAAAAUCAGGCACCCAGGAACCAAAGGGCCGUGCCAGGACAGACUCAUGUCACUCUCUGUAUCUCUAAUGCAUGCUCAGGGAAUAUUCCAGAACAACUGGGGCUGCUGUUCCUGCCUCCUGGUGCCUUCCUCCCCCCCCCCCCACAGUCCUUAUCAUGUCACUCUUGACUGUACAAUUGUCCCUACUCCAAAAGACAGUUUGUGAAGGUCCAGAGGAGCAGACCAAGGGAGCAUGUGAAGGAAACUACACACACAUAUGCCCCUUGACGGUCACAGGAGAGAAACAGCAAAUG